CCCAUCACCUCCUCUUCUCUCCUGCCUGCCCGCCACUAUAUAUACAACCCGCCCACCCCUCUCGCCGUCGCCCACCACCACAUCGAUCCCGCUCCACCAUCACCAGCUCCGGCCAGUUCCAGUUCAGUCGUCGUCCCGGCACGCCGCCAGUGCUCGUCGUACGUCGUGCUUAAUAAUAUACUCACUUUAGAUGGCGAUCAAGAAGGGCGGCGCGGCGGCGUCGGGGCUGAAGCAGAUCCUGAGGCGAUGCUCGAGCUUGGGGCGGCGCCAGCAGCAGCAGCAGCAGCAGCACGGCGGGGACGAGGACUACAACGAGGAGGACGAGGAGACGACGGGGCUGCCGUCCGACGUGCCGCGUGGCCACUUCGCGGUGUACGUGGGCGAGCGGCGGCGCCGGUUCGUGGUGCCCAUCGCGCUGCUGGACCGCCCCGAGUUCCGGUCCCUGCUGCGGCGCGCCGAGGAGGAGUUCGGCUUCGCGGGCGCCGGCGCCGGCGGCAUCCUCGUCCUCCCCUGCGAGGAGGUCGCCUUCCGCUCCCUCACCUCCGCGCUCGCCUGCGCCGGCGGCGCCCGGUGAACGCACCGCCCCCCUUCCUGCCGCGCGCGUGCAUGCUUGCAUUUGCAUGCCCCCGCCCGCCGCCGCCUAUUCGUUCGAUUCAUUGAUUUGGCCCAGCUAGAGCUAGCUAGCAGAUCGAGGCUGCUCGCUGCUACCAGCAGCUACACCUACAAGCUAGCUAGCUAGCUUGGCGAGAGAGAGCACCGUACCUCUACAAUGAAGGUUACGUUAAUGGCGUGUGUAAAUAUGUAUUAUUAGAGAAGAAGAAGAAGACGACGACGACGACGUAGUGGUGCAUGCGCCGAGGAUUAUAUUAGCGCGCGCCCGUCAUUGGAGAUAGCCGAUCGAUUGAACAAGAAGGAGAUAUCGAUGGGGAGAUGAUGGAUGCAUGGAGCGAGAGCUAGCUUAGCUCCAGUCUCUCCAGAGCUUCACUGGCUGCUAUUGUACGUGUAGCUAGCUGUUGGCCGGUGCUGCAUGCAUGCAUGUACGUUGUUUGUGAUGCGUUCUACAUACUUCCUGGCCGGCCUUGUGCAAGCUAGUAGAUAUGGUCAGGCCAGUGUAAGUGAAGCAUCAUUUUUUUUUUCUGUACAUGCAUACUGGCGGCAUGGCCGGCUAGCUGUAGGUAGCCAGAGCUGAUGGGCGACCGUACGUACCGAGAUCAAUCAGAUAUGCAUACAUAUAAACAUGUGCGUGUUCCUACCUUCAAUUCCCGUACGUCUCUCUCUGUUCUGAUUCAUUAUCAAUAUAAGUCUUCUUUUUGCUCAGAGCAAAAGCAAA